AUGAAGAUGAAGCAUGUGGAGCCUCUGAUGGAACCUGAUGAAAAUGGGUUGUUUGAGAAGAUCUGGUCUCUCUGGCAGGCGAAUGGGGGGUUCCACCAGUGCUUCCAGAAGGUCGGGAAACCACUCCUUCUGUGGCCAGAAGGGGGCGAUCAAGGCGGCCCGGCCCGGUCUCCUCCCCACCAGGGGCCCCACCCCAGGGGACCAACCGGUAUCCUCCCCAGUGAGGGGACCCCACUCCUGGAGGCAGCCCAUCCCAUUUGGUUCCCCGAUGGAGGCCCCACCCCUGGCGGCCAGACUAAGUCUCCCCCUGCCAAGGGCCCCGCCCAUGGCGUUCUAAUCUUGGUCACCUCCCCGAUGUGGGCCCAACCACUGGUGGCGCGACCUGGUCGCCUCACCACUGGACGGCCCAUCCGAGGCUGCCCAACCUGUUCGCUUCCCGGUGGAGGCCCCACCCAGUCUCCUCCCCCACCAAGGGCCCACCCAUGGCGUCCCGACCUGAUCGCCUCCCGGCCCGGGAGCCCAACACCUGUUGGCCCGACUUGGUCGCCUCUCCACUGGGAUCCCCACCCACCCCAGGUGGCCGGACCCAGUCUCCUCCCCGUAGAGGGUCCCACAUCUGGCGACCCUACCUGGUCUCCUCACCCACUCAUCCCGGGACCUGUGGACAUGCCUCGCCCAUCCAUCCCGUCAUCCGUGGCGGGUCUCGCCCGCCAGUCCCGGCACCCAUGGCAGCCCUGA